AUGUCGGAGCUAGGAACAAUUGAUUUUGGUAAUUCACUAUUUGGACAAUCUAUACUAGGUCUACGUGAUUCUGAUCCAUCUAAGAAAAAUGGUACUGAAAACGUUAGUUUACAAGGAGAAGAUACUAUGAAAGGUGCAAGUGCAAGUGCAAGUGCAAAUGCAAAUGCAAGCGCAAUUGGAAGUGGAAGUGGAAAUGAAGAUGCUAAUGUAGAUUUUCCUCAAAUAGUACGAAAUGACCUAGAGACUGAAACCAAAUAUGUCAAGCUAUUUAAUGGGGAAAUCGUCAAUCUACGUAAAACAUCGUUGAAGAAAAAUGUUUUAGAACUUGACUCGGAAUUUUCAUUAUUAGACAUGGAGUCUCUUCGAUCGAAGGCUGAAUUAAGAGUACGAAUAAAAGAAAACAAUAAAAAGCUUGGAAAUGGCUAUCUAAGACCGACACCGGAACCGACACCGGAUAAGAACAAAAUUUCCAAUCUCAAACCAAAUAAUGAUUCAUCAAAGAUCUGGACUGAGAAAUACUGCCCACGUAGCUUUCUCCAGCUUUGCUCGGCAGGAAAUGACAAACAAUAUCGAGUUAUUAUGAAAUGGUUGAGCUCUUGGUCUUCAUAUGCUAACAAUGAGUCUCGAAAUCAUGGUCGCGAUGACAUGGAUUCGAUGAAGCGCCCACACCGAAAGAUUUUACUCAUUCAUGGCCCACCUGGUGUGGGCAAGACGAUCUCUGCUCAUAUUUUGGCAAGACAAAUGGGGUUUAAUGUGCAGGAACUCAAUGCUGCAAAUAGUAUGGAUACUUUACCACAAGCUUCGUCUUCAUCUCUGUCAACAGUUGGGAAUGCUCAUGCAAAUGCAGCAACUGCAUUAAAGUUGAAAAUUCUUAACUCGUUGACAUCGAACUCAGUGUCAGACAGCACAAAACCUUCAUGUUUGUUGAUUGAUGAAUUAGACUCUUUAGCAAAUGUUAAUGAAGUAACUAGAGUUCUCGCUGAUCUUGUUCAUUCGGAUGAAAGAGCAACCUGGAGUAAGAGAUCAUAUAAUAACGAUGCAAGUGGGAGGAAUGGAGACAAGAGAUCUAGAAAAAGAAAAGACAAGAUCCUUAAUCGACCAAUCAUUUGUAUUGCAAAUGAUAUAUAUGCACGACAAUCGGGAAGAGUUGGACCCAAUCCCUUGGAAAAAAUACGUGCGAUUUCUGAAGUAGUGGCAUUUAAAAGACCUUCUUUAGCACAAAAGGCCACAGGUGUUAAAGUGAGCGGAAAUGCAAUGAAAUCUGUCAAGGACUUUUUGAUGUCUGUAAAUGAAAAAGAGAACCUUGGGUUGGAUUACCGUGAAAUUGGAGACAUUUGUGAAAGCUGUGAAGGCGAUUUUCGUGCAUGCCUUAAUCAAAUGCAAUUCAACGGUCGUAGGUUAAAUCUAGAUGAAUUAUCUAGGAGCAAACGCAACAUCAACAACGGUUACAGUAGUAGUAAUAGUAAUAUUAACAGUAAUAGUCACAGUCACAGUCACAGUCACAGUCACAACCACAGCCAUAGCAAAACUACAUCUACUGCCACUUUGCAAGAUAAGAGCAUUUCGUGGUUUGCCAUGGUUGAUGACAUUUUCAAGCGGGAUCCACAAUUAAAGAAAGAAGAGAAUUUCAACAAGCUUUUGAUCAAGUACAUGGAUGGGCCAGGAAAGGCAGUCACAAGCAGCUCAGACUCGUUUGAGAAGAUUAUCAAUGGUGUUUUUAACCAGUACUUGGAUAUAGUUCAUUUUCAAGACAACUCAUUAAGAAGGCCAACCCAGUUGAGCGAUUGGCUACAUUAUUAUGACAAAUUUAAUCAGGCAAACAUGGAUACUUCGCAAUAUUUUCCUUUGGUGGCAUUGAAAUCUUGGUCUCUUUUCAGUGAUAUAAAGUCACAAAAGAACGCAGUUGACAAUAAUCCACUCGUACCAAAUAUGAGGAAUUUAGCAUUUGAAUCAUACGAAACAUUGAAAGAAAAUAAACAGGCAGCGCGGUCAGCAAUGCAAAACAUACCUAUUCCGUUGAAGCUUGCAGUUGGUGCACACAAUUUGGAGACACUGGCAACUUUGUUCUUACCAUUUUUGUCUAAAAUUUUGACCCCUAAUCUAUCGUCUAAGAUCAAGACUCAACUAUCAAGUUAUGAACUUGCGGUAGUUGAUAAAGUGGCACGCCUUUCUAUCGGCAUUGACAUAAAACUUGAGUUUGAAAGACACAUAGAGUCAGGACAAUCAAAUUUAAAAUUUUCACCUGACUGGGACACAUUAUCUCAAUUCAAGAAUGACAUUUUCAGAACCACCCAAAUAUGGGAUACAAAGAUUUGUCAGGCUAAAAGACACAAUUUGUUUCCACUUAUGACUGAGAGAAUUGCCGAAAUCAAAUCAGCUAAAGUUAAGAGGUCGCGGAAGGUUCUUGAAGAAGAGGCAGAAUUUGAAGGAACUUUGAAGAAAAGUAGAAAGAAUAGUGACCAGAUGCAGCAACAUCAACUGAAUGAUUCAAGCGCACAGACUAAGAACAAUUACUUUUUUAAGGAGAGGUACGAUUCUGUAAAGGCAGGUCUACUUGACACAGGUUUGGAAAACAAGCACCCAGUCGAGACCCUAUCCAAUACGAGAAUCUGGGUGAAUUACAACGAGGGUUUUUCUAAUGCCGUACGGAAGGAGAUCACAUGGUCUGAUUUUUGGCACCCAUAA